UGAUCUGGAGUAAGGUCAAAAUACAAAACAGACGCAAAUUUGGUCUGCACCAACGCCAAGAUGUUCCGCGCAGUGUAAGUUUCUAUGGCAACCGUGGCAAUUUUAAGAAGUCUUCGUCUUUGGCAAAGAUGGAGCACCAGAGAAAGUGUUUCUCCAUCGUACUACCUCAGAUCCAGGAAGAGUCGUUCUCGGACGAAAGCACGGGAAACUGCGAGAACCCGAAGGAGUCCAGCACAGACCCGGAGACGGGGGCCGGGAGCAUACCUCGCCCCAAGAGCUUGCCGCUCAUUAAGAACCUCAACGAGAAUCCCGAGCCGGAGUCACCUCUCGCCACAACUGAAAAGGUUCACUUCAAUAUCGGUUCAAGCGAGCUGGGCCCGGAGGCCGGUCACCCUGCGCGUGGCUAUGACAUCCAGGGAGGUGUCCACACCCCUGAAGAGCCGGUUAGUAAUGGCAGCGCGUUCGUUGGUUUUAACAGGAAUAAGCACGUGUCGUCUAUACGGUCUGUGGCAUCAGAGAGGUCGAUAGCUACCACAGUGUUUGAGCCUAACUGGUCUGAGGAGAGAGAGCAUACGUACGUCAACAACCACUGCGGGCUGUUUGUAGGAAUGUUGGUUAUCCUGGCAUCAGUGGCUGUCAUCAUUGUGUUCCUAUAUCUCAUGUAUAACGGUAAAAGUCCAGACCUGGCCAACUCACAUCUCUUUGGUACAAAAAUCUUCAUCAACGCCCUCAGUAUCUUAGUCACGAUCGCCACUCAUAUUCAGAUAAAGGGCUUGAUGAAAAAGACAGAUAAUCUCAAAGAAAUGGGCCGUCUUGGGCGUGACCCGCGGCGCCACGUGCCCUCUAGGGGGCAGCAGCAUCAGCAGUCGAUGGAUAAAGCUCUGCUGGGGAUCGCCACGCUGGGUCUCCUCACCUACUGCAUGCUGACCAUUAUAGCGGGUCUGUCAACCGCCGGCAUGGAGGCAGCCUUAACCACAGCAGACGCUUUCUGUACUAGCACACAGGCCAUCAUCCAGUCACUGUUCCUCGUGACGUCAUUUCUGCCAAGACGAGCCACACUGAGGGAACACAGGGAGAAAAGACCUGGUCGGCAGGGGCUAGUCUUCUUGCUCUGCUGCAACUUUUGCCUGUGGGCUUUGAACUCGUUCGGUCUACGAAAUGAGAUCGCAAACCACGUGCAAAUAGAAUUUUACUCUUUUAAAACAUGGAUUAUCUUGUCACACGUGUCGUUGCCUCUUCUGAUCUUGUUUCGUUUUCACUCCCUUGUCUGCAUUGCUGACGUCAUUUCUCACGCAUAUACAGCCAAAUACAUUGGCUUGGAGUCCCAUGGGACAUAGCCAGGAUGUGUUUUGCUGCUGUUGAUAACUGUCUAGAACUACGUGGGUCCUAAAACCCGCAACGCAAAGGAACAAAAUGAAAGUAAAACUCACAGUCAAGAUAAGGGAUUUCCAGCGUGCGUUUUAUAAGCAGUAUAGUAAAGGCCACUGCUUGUAUUUUAGAAAACAUCUUGAGUAUUUUGAUAUUCAUGCACAUGACUAAAAAACUGUCUGUAAUCACGUUUACUACAGGGUACUUGUAGGCCUACUAUGGUACACGCGCGACAUGCAUUACAACAAUGUAGUAGACAGAUACUUUUAGUGCCUUUUAAUCAACUACCUUUGAAAUUCUCAUAUAUUCUGAAUAUUUAAUUAUUUAUUCAUGAAUUUAUUUUACAAUAAAAUGUUACACUGAU